AUGGCAGAUGAUGUUUUAGAUAAUGAAAAAAAGCUUAUUCAAUUAAAGGCUAAGCUAAUGAAACUAAAAAGCAAGAAAGAAGAGUUAGAAGAACAAAUGACCUAAAAAGAAUUAAGAAAUAAUUAUUUAGAAAAAGAAUUGAGUCAGAAGAAUAAAGACUUUGAACUAUUAGGAAAAUAUGUUACAAGUGGUUAUCAUGAUGAUGAAUAUUAAGAGAAAAAGGCACCAGCUUAAUAAGUGACAAAAUUGUUGGAAAAAUCAGUUUUAGAGAAAUUUAGCUACCAUACUGAUAAAUAUUUUAGAUAUAUUGAGGAUUGCAUAAAUUAGGAACAAGAUUAAGGUGAUAUAAAGGAUGAUGAUAAUUAAUAUCAAGCUCCACCUCCGACUUGUGCAAUAUAAGUAAAAUGUUUGAAAACUUGUUUACCAAAAGACAAAUAAGAAAUAGGAGUUCCAGGAGAUGAUCCAGAUUAUGUAACCUAGACAUUUAGGUAUACAAAAUUAGAAACUUUUGAAAGUUUAAAAUAAGCCGCUCUUCGUUAUUGGGGAUUGGUGGAAACAAAAGUUGUAAAUAACUACAUUGAAAAUAAUCAAAAAUCAAAUGUUUUGUAAAGUGAAAUAUAAUAAGAAGGAGGAGAAUAAUCGAAAGUCAGUGAAGGUAAUGGGUAAGUUGCAAUAUCAGGAUUAAACAAUUCGUAAUCAAGUAGAUAGUCUGAAAAUGAUGUAAAAAGAAUAGCUAACAGAUAUGAAAUAGUGACUGAUGAUUUAGAACCAGUUUAAAAUACAAAUUUAAUUGAAAGAUUCUUAAAUGAAUAGUGUGCUAAUCCUAAUAAGAAUACCUUAUGUGUUGUUUUGAGAAAGAAAAAAAACAAAUAAUAGCAUAAGAAGGUUGGAGGUAAGAAUCAAAACGAUGGAAAAAGCUAAGGAAUGAGUUAGGUUAAAAGUUAUGGAGUUAGUCAUGGUGGUUAAAGCUCUUAAAUAGGUACACAAACAAACUAAUAAUCAAAUUAAUAAUCUAAGGUAGCAGGCGAAGAUUAAUCAAAUACAUAAUAGUAUAAUUAAUUAGAAGAAGAUGAUGAUGAUGAUGAUGAUGAAAAUGAUCCUGAUCAAGAUGAAGAAAAAAGAAGAUUAAAAAUUAAAUUAUAUAAGAAAUUUGCAACAUUUUUUAAAAGGUUUCCUUUAUUAAGAAAGAUGUUCAUGAUUGACAAAAAAGAUAUUGAAUCCAGAGGAGUUAUGAUAGAUAAAGAAAUUAAAUAAGAUAAAAAAGGAAUGACUUGUGAUGAUAAUAACUUUUGCGUUAUUUUAAUAUUAACAGCAUUGUUUGUCUUAAAUUAUUUAGCACUUUAUUAUUUGGAAGAUGGUCCUUAUGCUUAGACUAAUUAUAGAAGACUAUAAUCUUUACUAAAAAUAGGGAGCAUUGGAGAAACAGGUUCAUAUAGGGACAUAUCUAAAAUUGAGGAUAUUUAUAAUUACUACUGCAAUAUAUCUGGAAUUCCUUAUUAAUUAAUGGUCCCAGAGUCUAAUUUUAGACAAUCUUUUGAUAUUAUUGGAGCUAUUAGAAUCAGGUAAAUAAGAACUAAACCAGCAGAUUGUCCUUACCCUAAAAGGAAUGAUAGGAAAAGUUAAAUUUCUUGUGUUUAUACUGAAGUAACAACUUCAUCAAGAUAAACUGAUCAAAUAGGAGAUGGUUCUAAACCGUGGAUGUAAUAUUAAGCUACAAGUCAAUUAGGAAUUAGUAGAGUUUCUAAAGGGACUUUUGAUGAUUAUGAUUCAUCUGGAUAUAUCUUAGAUUUAAGAAAAGAAGAUUAAAAUCUUUUAUAAUAUAAAAAUAAAGUAGUGUAGGAAUUAUUUAAUCAUCCAGAAUAUUUAAUAGAGGGGUUUAAUGCAUAAAUUCUAACCUUUACAGUACGUAGUAAAAAUGAUGGAUCUUUUAUCUUUUUAGAGCUUUUAAUCGAAUAUACAAACAAUGCUUUGAUACCUAAUAUUCCAUUAAUUAUUCCUUUUAACUUAAAUUUAGUUGGAAAAGGAUUAUCAUAACCAUAUUCUGUUAUUGCUUAAAGAUCUUAAAGUAGUCCUGAAAAUCCUGUUGAGUAUGAAGUUGGAAUCAUAAUCUAUUUGAUCACUAUAGCUAAGGUUUUUGUGGGUAUUUUUUUUCUGUUCUUUUAAUUAAUCAAAAUAAAAACAUAUUUAACCGACUCAAAGGUGAAAGGGUUAAAGUAUUUCAUUUCUAUAACUUUUGUUAUGAAUUGCUUAAUUAUAUAUAUAACUUUUAAAAGCUGUGAUCUUAUAUUUUAGUUAGAUAAAAUGAAUUAUGAUGCUAGUGAGUUAUUUUAUAGAGAAGAGUUUAUUGAUUUAGGUGAUUUGGCUGCAUAUCAUUCCUCUGCACUAUUUACAAAUACCAUUGGAUUAUGCUUUACUAUUUUAAGAAUAUUUUUACUAUUUAAUUUUUUAAGAUCAUUUGAAGCAGCUCUAAGUGCUAUAGAACAAUAUUAUUUAAUGAUAUUCGCAAGUUUAUUUAUUUUAGCAUUUGUUCUUGUUGGAUACACAAUGAUAUCCAUGAGCUUAUACGGUUAAUAUAAUGUAGCUUUUAGUACAUUCACCAGAGCAAUUGCUUCUUUGAUAUUGAUAUUAACAGAUUGUUAGGAUCAAUAUGCUUUUUAUCAAUUCGAUAUCACAUUGGGGGCAGUAUUUAUGAUCAUCUUUUAUUUUUUAUUUUAUACAUUCAUGUUCAAUAUUUUGGCAGUCAUGUAUAUUGAUUCAUAUAGGUAAUAAGUUAAUAAAAAUUUAGAAUUAUAAUUGUGGAUUAAGGAGAAUUGGUUCAAGAUAGCUGGACAUCAGAAGAUAUAUUUAAAUUUUUUACUACUUGGAUUCCAGAUAGUUGCAAGAAGAAAUUCAACAAAGCUCUUUAAUAAGUUUAAUAACACACAGAGUGAG